AGAAUACAGAGAGUGGCUGGGCGCCAGAGCGGCACAGAGCGCUGCAGGCAGAGAAGCGCAUUUCUGCAGAACAUUGUGGAGAAAUUGAUUAUAAAUCCCGAAAUAAAAGCUGAAAGAAGAGAUUUUGUAGUGUCUAACAGUGUAGAUUUAGUUUUUUCCGGCCUGUGGAGGAAAGAUGAAGAUCAGGGGGAGGUUUAAUGAUCUUUACUGAGGGAUAAAUGACUCUGAACACAAAGCAGAGAGAGAGAGAAUCAGCAGGAUCCGGUGUAAACACGGAGAAUACCCCACAAACCUCCUGCAGAACCCGCUAAACAUGCCCGUUCACAGCAAGGAGAAGAAGGACAGCAACCACGAGGAGAUGGAGGUGGACUACGCCGAGCAGGAGGCCAGCAGCUCGGAGGAGGAGGACACCGAGACCUCCUCAGUGUCCGAGGACGGAGAGAGCUCCGAGAUGGAUGAUGAAGACUGUGAGAGGAGGAGGAUGGAGUGUCUGGAUGAGAUGACCAACCUGGAGAAGCAGUUCACAGAUCUAAAGGAUCAGUUGUAUAAGGAGCGGUUAAACCAGGUUGAUGCUAAACUUCAGGAGGUGAUGUUGGGAAAGGCGUCGGAGUAUCUGGAUCCUCUGGCGAAUCUGCAGGAGAACAUGCAGAUCAGAACUAAAGUCGCAGGAAUCUACAGAGAGCUGUGUUUGGAGUCGGUGAAGCAUAAAUACGACUGUGAGACUCAGGCAGCGUUUCAGCACUGGGAGAGUGAGAAGCUGCUGCUGUUCGAUACGGUUCAGACUGAACUGGAGGAGAAAAUCAGGAGACUUGAGGAAGAUCGGCACAGUAUAGACAUUACCUCAGAACUGUGGAAUGAUGAACUGCAGUCGAGAAAAAACAAGAAGAAAGAUCCCUUCAGUCCGGAUAAGAAAAAGAAGCCUGUCGUUGUGUCUGGCCCGUAUAUCGUUUACAUGCUGCAGGAUUUAGAUAUACUGGAGGACUGGACGGCCAUCAGAAAGGCCAUGGCUACGCUGGGACCUCACCGAGUCAAGCCUGAUGUUCCGUGCUCUAAGAGUGAGAAGCUCCAGCAUAACGCUCGCUCUGAGGACGGACGGCUCUUCUACGACGGGGAAUGGUACAACCGGGGACAGACCAUCUGCAUAGACAAGAAGGACGAGUAUCCCUCAAGUGCCAUAAUCACCACCAUCAAUCAUGAUGAAGUUUGGUAUAAGCGUGUGGAUGGCAGCAAAUCCAAGCUGUACAUCUCUCAGCUUCAGAAAGGGAAAUACACCAUCAAACACUCCUGAACACCCCGUUAACCACCUUCCUGCUUUAUUAUUAUUCAUAUUCAUUUUUAAACACGACCAAGGGAAGCGUUUAACAGUGCCGUUUUAUGUACAGUGUCUGUUUUUAAAGUGUUAAAAGUGUUUGAGAGGAACAUGCUGUAUGUUUAUGUACUGUUUUGGGGAUAUUGUUCCUUUUUUGGAUUUAUUUCGUUUGUUUUUGGUGGUUUAAAUGAGGUGAAUAACAGAUGAGAUUAUUUCAGAUAUAGUUUUUGUCUGAGGAAUGAGAUGAUUUUUGUACUUUUGGACCCUGUUGUGUGCCUGUUGAAUGUUUUCAUACUUUUCUACAUUUCUGCUUCAUUAUUAUUAGUAGUAUUUUUAUUGUUAAUAAUUACUGUUGUCUUAUAAUACUUUAUAUAAACACACACCUCUCCUGUGCUGCCUGCUGGAACAGUGUUACUCUGGUUUAUUAAUAUCAGAAUAUUAAAUGGCCAUAAUUUGGUUAAAAUCCCAUUUUCAAAGGUAGUAAAUCUUAUCGAAUCAGA